AUGACUGCUAUUGAGAUGCAGAGUUACAUCGGUGUUUUGGAAUGCACCAGAGUCCCUCUUGUGGACAAGAAAUGGACUCAAUUGCCCAAGGACCUGAAAAAGCAUAUUUGGGAAGCUGUUCAAAUGGCUUAUGUUGUUAGGGAAGGGGGCAAGAAGAUGGUGCUGUCUUCUGCCGUCAAAAAAUGGAAGGAUUUUAAGUCUACCUUAACUAGGCAGUUUAUCCUUCCAUUCGCAAAUGAGAAGGAGAAGUUAAAAGAGCCCCCUAAGCUUUACAACUUCAUAGAGAAAUCGCAAUGGGAUGCCUUUGUAGAUUCAAGGUUAUCCCCAGAUUUUGAGGCUGUGCAUUCUGAGCAAUCACAGAGAAGGGAGAAAUGCAAGUACAACCAUAGGUUGUCUCAAAAAGGGUACGUUGGUUUUAAGGAUCAAUUGGAAGAAACCAUGCCUGGUGAAGAAAUCGAUCGAUCUCUGCCAUGGAAGAAGGCAAGAGAAGAUAAACAGGGAAACAUCCCUGAUCCAAAGGUUGUAGAGAAGGAUGAUUUGAAAAAACAAGUCUCCGAGGGCACUCUGACUGUCUCUGGGAGCAACGAUGUUUUGACCUUGGCUUUGGAAACCCUAAGCAUAGUGGGAGAGUCAGAGGUGUUGGAGCUAGGGUUUCCCCAACUCGAUUCUUCAAUUUGUCGAGACAUCAAAAAGUAA